AUGGCACUGGGUGAAGGCACAGAGCUGCUGCUGGCUCUCAGAAGCGCAUGUGAAAUGCUCUCCUUCACUGUGACAAAGUUGCCGAAAUCUGGAGUUCUUCCACAAAACCCAUGGGUGUAUUUGACAGUUAAUGGGAUUUUGCACAGGAAAACUCUCCUUUUUAUUGCAAUAUGUAUAACUGUGGGUGUUGCACAAGUACCCAAGCAAGCAAUAGAUGUUCUUCAUCAACUAGGCCUUGUGAAAGAUGUUCAGCUGCCCUCAGAAACGACAGUGCCCUCAGCAUCAUCUCUGUUACCUCAGGGUGUUCAUCUAACUGCAUCAGGAGCUGUACUAACUAGUGAUGCACGUAUUGAGUCCCCCAUCACUCAAGUCAUACCAUCCAGUCUGGGGCAUCAGUUCACCAUAUUGGUUGGGUUGUACUCUUACAGAGUAAAUAAUGCUUUCCUCUUCAGCAUUAGGAACAAAAGUAGGCUGCAGUUUGGUGUCCAGUUGCUACCGAGAAAGGUAGUGGUGUACACUGGAGGGAAGCAGUCCAUAUACUUUGAUUAUAGUGUUCAUAAUGAACAAUGGCAUUCUUUUGCCAUUGACAUUGGAGACAAGACUGUCUCAAUGUUUGCAGAGUGCGGAAAGAAAUACUAUAGCAGGGAAAUACUUUCUGAAGUGGAGACAUUUGAUCUGGACGGUUUAUUUACCCUGGGAAGGAUGAACUCUCACUCUGUCAGUUUUGAAGGAGUUAUAUGUCAGCUAGAUAUUAUUCCCUCUGCAGAGGCCUCUGCAAACUAUUGUAAAUAUGUGAAACAGCAGUGUCGCCAGGCUGAAACGUAUCGAUCUCUGCUAGGAGCUCCACAUGUGUCAGAUGGGCUGGAUAUUUUUUCGAAGAUGAUGAUUGAUGAGAAAAAACAGUCAGAGGGUAUAUCAGCUUAUAGAUGGAAAGAAGCGUCAAACAUUCCUGUUACCAGCAUGGCUCAGAUUCACUUUCUACCAGAAUACUUUGAGUCAAGAAAUAUCUCUGCAUUGGAGUUUGCAGAGGCCAAUCCUCUGCUGCUGGAAGUUUGGCCUGAAGCAGCACUCCAGGAGAACGUCGAUCUGCCUCUUCAUCAGCAGGAGACGACAAGCAAAAAAAGAAACAUCACUAAAUCCCACACAGGAUCGUAUCCAGAUAAUUCCACAGAAGAUGCGGGCAGACAAAGUGAGCCUUCUCUGAUCUCCCCUGUAAAACAGAGUGAAACUAAAAGCAAGGGAAUGGACAAUGCAAAACAGCGUUUAGAUGAACCAAGCAAAAAGCAGCAUGUCUUCAACACAACCCUGUACAGCUUGCCUGCUGACCUCUCUCUGGAUAAUGAACUCAGUCCAGAGCGGGAAGGUGCAUUUGAUGCUGAUGAGACCUAUCACAUGGAAAACAGUUAUGAAAUUGGUAUUGAUAAUUAUGCUUAUGACUAUGAAGAUCUUGACAAAAUGUUUGAAAUGGGGAGUGUCAGAGGUCCAAAGGGGGAAACUGGACCUCCUGGUCCUCCAGGUCCUCCAGGUUUACCUGGUCCACCGGGAAAGAGAGGUCCUCGGGGUAUUCCAGGACUACAUGGUAAUCCAGGUUUGCCAGGAUUGCCAGGUCUAAAGGGCCCUAAAGGAGACCCAGGAUUCUCUCCAGGACGGGCAAAACUUGGAGAAAAGGGUGAUCCAGGCCCCAUAGGCUUUCCAGGCCCACCUGGGAUCAAAGGCCAGAAGGGUCUUAAGGGUUAUCUGGGACUGCAAGGGCCACGGGGUGAGCAGGGAAUUCCAGGAAUGGCUGGCAAUACUGGGGCAGUUGGUUACCCUGGCAGGCAGGGCUUAGCUGGACCAGAAGGUAACCCAGGUCCUAAAGGUGUAAGAGGUUUCAUUGGACCUCCAGGUGUGGCAGGACAACCAGGACCUGAAGGAGAAAGGGGCAUCCCAGGCUUCCGUGGAAAAAGAGGUCCUAAAGGGAGACAGGGUUUUCCAGGUGACUUUGGAAAUAGAGGUCCCCCUGGUCCAGAUGGGAAUCCUGGAAUUGUUGGUGGUGUUGGUCCUCCUGGAUUUCCAGGACUAAGAGGAGGCAUUGGGCCAGCAGGACCAAGUGGACCAUCAGGAAUUCCAGGGCCCAUGGGCCUCCCAGGGAGUGUGGGGCAGCCUGGAAUGAAAGGUGAUAAGGGUGAACAUGGCCUUGCAGGAGAGCCAGGAGACCAGGGGUACCCAGGAGACAAGGGAGCUCUUGGUUUACCAGGCCCCCCAGGGAUCAGAGGAAAGCCAGGACCCCCAGGGAAAACUGGAGAUCCUGGAUCCCAUGGACCAUUGGGUCCUCCAGGACCAGAGGGUUUUCCAGGAGAUAUUGGUGUACCUGGAUUAAAUGGCCCUGAAGGUCCUAAGGGCCUUCUGGGUGACCGAGGGCCUCCAGGGCCACAAGGCCCCAAAGGAGUCGAGGGAGAAGUAGGACCAGCUGGACCUAUUGGAGCAGUUGGCCCAAGAGGAAAGCUGGGACAGAAAGGCCAUGUAGGUGAUCCUGGACCAGAAGGUGUAAAGGGAGAACAAGGAGACCAAGGAAACCUUGGAAAAACCGGUGAAGCAGGAUCAGCUGGCUUACCUGGAGAAACCGGGCCAUCUGGAAGCCUUGGCGAAAAGGGAGAGCGAGGCAGUCCAGGACCAGUAGGUCCUCCUGGGGAGAAAGGUGUCACGGGCUACCCAGGACCUCCGGGAGGCCCUGGACCUGUGGGGCCAGAAGGAUUACCUGGACCUUCAGGUACAAGAGGACCACCAGGGCCACAGGGACCUAAAGGAAGAAGAGGGCCAAGAGGGCUAGAUGGUCCUCCAGGAGAACCAGGAACACAAGGCAUUAAGGGAGAAAGAGGUGAUCCGGGAAAGAACGGAGUUCCUGGGCUCAUUGGUAAAGCUGGAAAUCCAGGAGAGAGAGGAGAUCAGGGUACUCUUGGUUUGCUUGGGCCUCCCGGAACCACAGGAGACAGGGGACCAAUGGGAGAGCCAGGUCCAAGAGGACAGCCAGGGGAUGCUGGCCCUAUUGGAGAAAUGGGUUUUGAGGGACCUCCUGGCCCUGAAGGAGAACCUGGCCUGCAGGGAGAACCAGGUGCAAAGGGAGACAUUGGACCUGCUGGGAAGGCUGGAGAACCAGGCGACCAAGGUUUAAGGGGUGAACCAGGACCUCCAGGAGAAGAUGGUGUUCAAGGCAAAGAUGGCCCAAAGGGAGACCCUGGAGACCAGGGACUUCUUGGAGAAGGUGGUGACAAAGGAGAGAUAGGGUUACCAGGAAUUGCUGGACCCCCUGGUGAACCCUCCCUAAUAAAUGUACAGGGUCCCGAAGGAACACCAGGAAAUCCAGGUCAGAGGGGCCGUUUAGGAAAGAAGGGGGAAAAGGGGCAGCUUGGCCCUCCUGGAGAAAUUGGACCUGCUGGUGACUCUGGCCAACCUGGAGAAAUUGGCCCCAAAGGUGCAAGAGGAACUCGAGGUCUCUUGGGACAUCCAGGAGGAAUGGGACCGGAAGGAGAGUCAGGAAUUCCAGGUUAUGGGGGUCACCAGGGUCCUCCAGGGUCCCCAGGGCCCCCAGGACCCAAAGGAGAAAAGGGUUACCCAGGCGAAGACAAUACAGUUCUUGGACCACCUGGGCCCAUAGGUGAACCAGGUCCUAGUGGUGAACGUGGAAAUAGAGGAGAACCUGGUGAUGAGGGCUACAAGGGUCCUAUAGGUCUUCCAGGGCUUAGAGGACCUAUUGGACAACAGGGGCCUCCAGGAGAGCCAGGUGAACUGGGAGAGCAAGGACCAAAAGGAGAAAGAGGUUCAGAGGGACCUACAGGGAAGAAAGGAGCAACGGGUCAGACAGGCAAACCUGGAAUUCCUGGAAAACCGGGGCCAGCAGGGCCUCGUGAAGGCAGUCCGGUGAGCCCUGUAAAGCCUGGGCCAUCAGGCAAGCCUGGCCCUAAGGGUAAUAAAGGAAACUCAGGCUUACCAGGUCUGGCAGGUUAUCCCGGAGCUCGAGGUCCAAAGGGAUUGCCAGGCAUGCCAGGCCCCAUGGGAGCACCUGGACUAAAGGGUGAGAAAGGGCUCCUGGGUCAUCCAGGAAAGCGAGGCAAAAGAGGCCUUCCAGGAUCACAGGGUGACCAAGGACCCACAGGAGAUGCAGGGCUGAAAGGCCAGACUGGAGAAGAUGGAGAUCAAGGCUUAAUGGGGUUUCAAGGAUUCCCAGGUCCAAAAGGUCCUGCAGGGGACGUUGGCUUAGUUGGAAUUCUGGGCCCAAAAGGUCCAACAGGCCAAGUUGGAUAUAUUGGCCCUGUUGGUCAAGAAGGCAUAACAGGCCCAACUGGCAGGCCUGGACCGAGAGGUGAAAAGGGCACAAGAGGUGAAAUGGGGCCUCAGGGACCUCAGGGCCAGCCAGGGCCACCUGGACCACCUGGACCACCAGGACCAAGAAAACAAGUGGACAUCAAUGCUGCUGUUCAAGCUUUGAUUGAGUCAAAUGCUGCACUGCAGAUGGAGAAAUACCAGAAUACUGAAGUAACUUUACUAGAUCACAGUACAGAGAUAUUCAGAACGCUGCACUACCUUACCAAUUUACUGCACAGCAUCAGGAACCCCCUUGGCACACGGGAUAACCCAGCACGCAUCUGCAGGGAUUUGCUUAACUGUGAACGUGAAGUGGCAGAUGGAAAAUACUGGAUUGACCCAAAUAUUGGAUGUCCUUCUGAUGCCAUUGAAGUUUUCUGCAACUUCACUGCGGGUGGUCAGACAUGUUUAACACCGCUGUCUGUGACAAAGCUGGAGUUCGGUGUUGGAAAAGUGCAGAUGAACUUCCUUCAUUUACUGAGCUCGGAAGCAACCCACAGCAUCACAGUUCAUUGUCUGAACACGCCAAUGUGGAGAUUAAAUAAAGCAGGUGGCCAGAAAACGUCUGUUAGCUUCAAAGGAUGGAAUGGUCAAAUAUUUAAAGCAAAUACGCUACUUGAACCGAAGGUGCUUAUGGAUGAAUGCAUGAUUGAAGAUGGCAGCUGGCAUAAGACACAGUUCUUUUUCCACACUCAGGACACGAAUCAGCUUCCAGUAGUGCAAAUUAACACACUUCCUCAUCUCAAACCAGGACAGCAGCACUUCGUAGAAAGUGGUUCAGUGUGCUUCCUUUAAGGUUUCUGGUUUGUUUUUUUGCAUCAACACGGAAUUGCUGCAUAGAUUGAAUGCAAAAGUAAUGAUCCAUUGCAGGCAAAAUUACUAGCAAACUGGAG